AUGGUGCUGACACUGAAGGCUUUGAUAUUUAUCAUACGGGUCAGACAAUAUGGAAACAUGAAUAUGGUGAAUCAUUCUCUGACAACAUUAGAAAAUAUGUUGAAGAAUGUGACAGCAUGCAAGGUUUCCAAGUUACUUUUGAUGGUACUGAUGGUUUUGCUGGGCUUGCCCUUGGCAGUAUUGAACAUUUAUGCGAUUAUUAUUCUAAACCAAUUU